UUGCCCGUCUGUACGAUGGGCCUUGAGGCAACCAGUUUUGGGGCUAACUCACAUAGAAGGCGCUCUGGGAGUGCCAAUGGGACCCGAAUCCUAUCCUGCAGCAUGAGUUUCUUGGUCAUCAUGGAGGACUCCAACAUAGAUACCAGCGCCACCACCUCUGAGACAGUGGCUGAAGAAGUGUCUCUUUUCAGCAUGACGGACAUGAUUCUGUUUUCACUCAUUGUGGGUCUCCUAACCUACUGGUUCCUCUUCAGAAAGAAAAAAGAUGAAAUCCCUGAGUUUACCAAAAUUCAGCCAACGGCCUCCUCUGUCAAGGACAGCAGCUUCGUGGAAAAGAUGAAGAAGACGGGCAGGAACAUCAUCGUGUUCUACGGCUCCCAGACGGGGACCGCCGAGGAAUUUGCCAACCGCUUGUCCAAGGACGCCCACCGCUACGGGAUGCGGGGCAUGUCAGCAGACCCUGAGGAGUACGACUUGGCCGACCUGGGCAGCCUGUCAGAGAUAGAGAACUCCUUGGCAGUGUUCUGCAUGGCCACCUACGGCGAGGGGGACCCCACUGACAAUGCCCAGGACUUCUACGACUGGCUCCAGGAGACGGACGUGGACCUAUCUGGAGUCAAGUAUGCGGUGUUUGGCCUUGGGAACAAGACCUAUGAGCACUUCAAUGCCAUGGGCAAGUACGUGGACAAGCGUCUGGAGCAGCUUGGUGCCCAGCGGAUCUUUGAUCUGGGGAUGGGCGACGAUGAUGGCAACCUGGAGGAGGAUUUUAUCACGUGGAGAGAGCAAUUCUGGCCGGCUGUGUGUGAGCACUUUGGAGUGGAAGCCACUGGAGAGGAAUCCAGAUCCCUGAACAACCUUGAUGAGGAGUCCAACAAGAAGCACCCAUUCCCCUGCCCCACCUCCUACCGCACGGCCCUCACCUACUACCUGGACAUCACCAACCCGCCACGCACCAACGUGCUCUAUGAGCUGGCCCAAUUCGCCUCGGAGCCCUCAGAGCAGGAACAGCUGCGCAAGAUGGCCUCCUCCUCUGGCGAGGGCAAGGAGGUGUACCUGAGCCAGGUGGUAGAAGCUCGGAGGCACAUCCUGGCCAUCCUGCAGGACUACCCGUCCCUGCGGCCCCCCAUCGACCACCUGUGUGAGCUGCUGCCUAGGCUGCAGGCCCGUUACUACUCCAUUGCUUCGUCUUCCAAGGUCCACCCCAACUCUGUGCACAUCUGUGCUGUGGCUGUGGAGUAUGAAACCAAGUCUGGCCGCAUCAACAAGGGUGUGGCCACCAGCUGGCUGCGGGCUAAGGAGCCCGCGGGGGAGAAUGGCCGCCGGGCUCUGGUGCCCAUGUAUGUGCGAAAGUCCCAGUUCCGCCUGCCCUUCAAGGCCACCACACCGGUCAUCAUGGUGGGCCCUGGCACUGGGGUCGCCCCCUUCAUUGGCUUCAUCCAGGAGCGGGCCUGGCUGCAGCAGCAGGGCAAGGAGGUGGGGGAGACGCUGCUGUACUAUGGCUGCCGCCGCUCUGACGAGGACUACCUGUACCGGGAGGAGCUGGCCCAGUUCCACAAGGAGGGCGCCCUCACCCAGCUCAACGUGGCCUUCUCCCGAGAGCAGCCCCAGAAGGUCUACGUCCAGCACUUACUGAAACGGGACAAGGAGCACCUGUGGAAGCUGAUCCACGAGGGCGGUGCCCACAUCUAUGUCUGCGGGGAUGCUCGGAACAUGGCGAGGGACGUGCAGAACACCUUCUACGACAUUGUGGCCGAGCUGGGGUCCAUGGAGCACACCCAGGCCGUGGACUACAUCAAGAAGCUUAUGACCAAGGGCCGCUACUCCCUGGAUGUGUGGAGCUAGGAGCGGCCCAGCCCUGCCCUCGUGCCCUGCAGACUUGCUUCCCCAUAUAAUCACCUCCCUCCCUCUUCUGCUAGUCUCCUGGGUGGGUUCUGCUGGGCCUUGUCACAGGAGGCAGACCCAGUGACAAAGACUGCUCUAGGUCUGAGAUGUGCCCUCCAGAGGCCCCGGCCACAGGGCACAUAGCUAGGCGUGACCGGGCCCACACUUUGUGAACACCUCAGGCCCCCAGUGGCUGUACAGAAGGGGCCUUUCUCUCAGCUGAGCAGGAGCUUGGCCCCUCACAUGAUUUUCAAUGAGUGUAAAUAAUUUUAACAUCUGGUCCUUGGAAUAAAGUUGUUUUCUGUA